GCUGAAGAUCACGGUGAGAAAGUCAGUCCAGAGGCUGAGAAAUCCACCAGUGCAGAAAAUGGAGUAGUCCAGACUGAGGUGCUAUCUCAACUCCACAGUCACAGUCCCGUGGCGGGGGCAGACACACAUAAUCACGAGGACGGGAGCGGAAAAGAAGAGGAACUCGAGUUUCCCCAUGACCUGCUGCCCAGCAUAGAUCUGAGCAGUGAGCUCAACUUCACCUGGGGAGCAUCACUCCGCCAAGAUGGAGAGGCAGUUUCCACAGAGAGCUCAUCUCUUCCACAACUCCAGUCAGCUGGAAAGAUUCAGAAAAAUGCACCAUCACACCAGUCCUCAGUAACGCUGCUGGACCGUGAGCUCCAAGAAGCCUUUCAGGAAUGCGAGAAACAAAUAGCCUCUUUUGGCAUAUCCUCACACUCAGUCACUUCACGCAGUACAGAUCAUAUUGACAAUCAUCUGUCAGAGGCUGUGCCUGCAACUGAUAAUAAAGAACUCAAGAUGGCAUAUAUCAAGAAGGAUCCUAUGUCACUGGCAAUUUCACUCACAGAAUCUCAAACAAGAUGUGACCAGGGUUGCCAUAGAAAUGUUGGAGCACACACUACUGAUUUAGCAUCUUGUACAGAGGAGGCUGUGUUUAGCUUCAGAGACUAUGUACUAGGGAAAACACAGCCAGAACAAGCCAGGGUCGAAGAUCCUGAAGAACACAGUGAGAAAUUGCACAGUGAUCCAAAGGAAGAAUUUCAGAAAGGGCCUGAAAGGGAAACAAACACUGACACAACAAAAUCUGAAAGUGAAUUAAAUAAAACAUAUGAAAUACAGGAAGUACCAGAAGGUGUCAGCUUAAUAGUGUACAAAGACUCUCCAAAUCAGGAGGCUAAAACUAUAACAGGUCCUGAAGAAAAGCCACAAAUGACACCGGAAACGGGCACACAAAUUUUCACCACUACAGUCACGGAUAAUAAAUCACUAGAAGGGUUUUCAACAGAAAAGGACGUUAAUUUUUGUUCCAUGUCAGAGAACUCUGAUUGGGAUAGGAUACAACACAACUCAGAGACAUUGCUGGAGUCAGACAAGCAGGAAAAAAUUAUUACUCAAACAAAGGCUCAGUCAGAAACAAAACCUGAUCUUAAGACAAAAGCAGAUUAUCCAAUAGAGUUGUUAGACACCCUUGGACAGCUGGGGCAUCUCUGCCCUUCACCUCCACAGUCUUUAUCCAAUCAGGCUCAUCUUACCCCACUGGAGGCUACACCUACCCCCACACUGGACCAUUUACAGAGAGCAGAACAACAGGGUAACUGUACUGGGGCAGAUGGACCCUGUAAGUCAAUAUCAGAACAUGAAACCCUAAACCUCAACUCAACAAGGGAAGCUGAAGAUGAAAAAUGUUUAUAUAAGAUAUCUGCUGAUAGCACUGUGAUUGAUUUUAGAGUUGCUAAAGCCAAUAAACAUGAGCAUGAAAAGAGAUGCAGUUCAGAGGCAUAUCCACUGGAGGAGGAGGAGGAGGAGGAGGAGGAGAAUGUAUUUUUUAUAGGCAGUGAAGCUGGCACACACACACUGAUGCGGGGGAAAACACACUCUCUGAGCAGAACUAGUACUAAAGGGAUAAAGACAGAGGAGGAGAGUGCCCUUGAAGAGGCUUCAGCAUCAGCCGUUGAUUUCACACCGCCACUGACAACAUCCACAAUGCCAGAAAUGAGAGAGUGUGAGGGAGUUGGAGAGAAGGGGACUGGAGAUUCAGAAAGAGUGAAGAUGACAGAGAAAGGAUAUUUAGAUGGAAGCACAGAAUUAAAGGAAACAUAUGAACCUCUGUGUUCUGAUGGACAACGGGGCGAAAUUAUUGCAGCAGAAGUGCACUUAUGUCCGCUAAGCUUUCCAGAGACUAAUAACUCACCUGCAAAGGAAGCUAAAGAGGUAGAAGCAGCAUCUGAGGUGAGAUGGAGCAGCAAAAUGCUACAAAACUCUGAAGAGAAUGAAGAAAAGGGAGGAAGUCUGUUAGUUGAUUGCUCCCUGGGGAUGGACUCUCUCUCUGCAACUGGCAAGAAAGAGACAGGCACAGCCAGUGUUGAGGACAUGACUGUGGUCGCUGCUUCCACACCAGAGUUUAACGACAGAUGUGAUUGGAAGAGAAAGAGCUCUGAGUCACCGGAGAAAAGGGGAGAGGGAGGAACAGAGGAAGGGAGAGAGAAAGAAAGGGGUGGAGCAGAGACUUUAUACAGAGAGCAGGCACUGUCCUUGACAGUGACUAAAUCGUAUCCUCUCCAUGACAACGGCGUGACACUGGCGGCACCGCAGCAAAGAGGUGAACUCAUCACUUUGGCCACAACAGACAUAGCUGACACAGCCUUACCUUUGUUGACCAGCAGCAAAACAAUUGCCGGCAGCUUGAUCGACCCCUCCUCUCCUGUCUUCCUCUUAAAUGCAACAGAAACAGACAGCAAGGAAGCAUCAGAGAAAGAGGCUCAUCUGAAUGCUUUGGGUGAAAACCAGCCAAACAGAGAUAUUUCACAUCUGACAGCUGCUUCAGCAGAUCUUGCUGCACAAGCCAGCUAUCAACAGGUACAGAAUACUUUGUGGAUUCAAACUGAAAUUAGCAGCGGCAAACAAAACAAGGCGGGGACAGGAAAAGACACAUGCCAUAAGAGUGAAGACCUGCAUUCAUCAUCUACAUCUCAGCUGGACAUGAGGAGCAGCAUUGGAAGUUUUAACAAUAUGGAUGGGGAAACUGGGGGCUCUCAAGAUGGCAUGCCAAGCCAGAUGAUUGGGUUUGCUUCUCUGCCUCCACUAACAGUUCAUGAGAAUCUUUGGCACCCAGUAAGUGAGACAAGCUUUAGCUUUCAGGGGUUAUUUGGUAACAGAGGACCAGACCCACCCAAAAAAACAGCUAAUACCACGUGUGAAAGCACUACUGAGGCUGAGAUCACGGAGGGAAACAUGACCAUGAAUGAAUAUCCUGAACGGUAUAUUGAUGGCAAAAAGAGAAACGAUUCAAAAGAUAAAACUACUAAUAACAUUACAAUGAGUGCUGAAGACUUACUGAAGAGUGUGAGUACCAAUGAUAUGAAGACCUCUGAGAAAAAUUCAGUGAACCACGAUCCUGAUCUGCUUCUGAAAAACAAGGAAGAGAGUCAAGGAAAGGAUGAAACUGUAAUAAUCACCCAGAGCACCCUGGAGCAUACAUCUUCAUUAGAGGAUACUAUUGAAAAAAGUGUCGAGCUGCAGGAUACUAUUAUUGAAGAGAAUGGAAGUGAUAAGAUGAACCUCUUUGGUCGUUCUCACUGUGACCUCACUGUGUCUGAUGUAGAGAAAAAAUCUGAGGUUGUGCUCACCACCAAAGAAGAGGAUGGACGGGAAGAUAAAUCAGUGGAAUACGAUGUGAGAGAAUCUUGUGAAGACAAUUUCCAGAGCAUUCUGAGUGACAGUGUACAGCAGGAGUCCAAGUUAGUGUCACAAACUUCAGAAGGUGUUUCUCAGGAGCACUGUAUGAAAUCUGAAGAAAAACCCCUCUCCUGCUCAGAUGGGGACGGCAUGCUGUCAAGUCACUCUCCUGAUAGUACAGGCAUAUCCAAGAAAGACCUAAACUCAAAUAUUCAACAACACAGUUUAAUGUCUGUUGGAGAUCCUCAAGCAAAACAUGAAGACCACAUGAGUGGGCUCCAGUAUGAGACAGACUCCAGUCAUGACACUAGACCAGCUUCUGAAGUUGCCAUGGGCGUUGUGAGUACAAAAGAUCCCACGCCUAUUGCUGUAAAAGUAUCUAGUGCAGUGGAAGGGAGUGUACCCUCUGCCAUUGCCAAUAUUCAAAGUGAUACUAAAGUGCCUAUCGUGCUCAGGCCUCCUGGUCCUAUGAUGAGUCACUGGGAGGUCAUUAAUGAUGUUUCUCUCCCAGGAGAUGAAAUGCGAUGCAGCCAGGAAGUUAAAGCAGAGAUGAACAGAAAGAUUGUACGUACUGAUACUGUAGAAAAAUCGAAACCUGUGGAGACUACAGGAGAAAAAAUAGAAAUUGAUAGCAGCCUUCCCUAUGUGAAUUUGUUAAACCCUGAUAUAACUGUCAUGGCUUGCUCUGUGCAGGAUGCCAAGUUAGCAUCUAAAGAAGUGGAUGGUACUAAUUUGACUUCAGGCAGCUUACAUGGUGGUGAAAUUGCAAAUGAAAGGAUAGAUUUGUUUGUACAUGAGAAUGCUAUAGAUGGAAAAGCUGAAGUGGAUGUUAAGCCUGAGGCACCUGAGAAACCGUUAAGUGCUGGUCAGGAAGCGGAACCCCUGUCCUGCUAUAUACCAUCUGCUGCUGAAUGCUCCAAAGCAGACAACAUGCUAUCAAGCCAGUCUAUUAACACUACAGACAUAUAUCAACAGGACCAGAUAUCAAAUUCUGUGAUCUUGGAGGAAUGUUCUCGAGCAAAACUCGAAGAUAAUAUAAGUGAGCUGCAAUAUCAAACAGAUUUAGGUCAUGACAGUGCAGCAGUCUCAGAAGGUGCCAUGAGUGUUGUGCCUACAACAGACCUCACACCUCCUGAAAUAGAUGUAUCUGGUAUGAGAGAAGGGGGAGUUUCAUCUUCUAAUAUACAGCAUGAUUUGAAAGUACCUAUUGUGCUCAGGCCUCCUGGCCCUAUGAUGAGUCACUGGGAGGUCAUUGAUGACUAUAAUGUUUCUGUCUCAGAAGAGGAAACACAAUGCAACUAUACUAAAAUCAACACUCUGAACAAUGGAAGUGUUGGUGCAGCAGAUAUGAGACAUGAGAGUGUGAAAACUGAUACUGUAGAAAAACCUGACGAGCAUUCUGAAUCUGUGGAUAUAAAGAAAGAGAAAAAUGAAGAUUAUAACAGCUCUUCCUGUAUGAAUGUGUUAAUCCUGGAUAUACUAACUGAUGCUGUUUCUUCCAAGAAGGAUAUCAAGUCAGCUUCUAAAGAAGUGGAAGGUACUAAUUUGGCACCAGACAGCUUACAUAGUGAUGAAAAGGCAAAUAAGGUCAAAUCAAACCAGUCUACUAACAGUACGGGCAUUUCUCAACACAACCAAGAAUCAAAUGCCGUGAGCUUAGAAGAAUGUUUCCAAGCAAAAUCUGAAGAGAACAUGAGUAAGCUGCAUUAUCAAACAGAUAUAGCUCAUGACAGUGGAACACUCUCAGAAGUUGCCAUGAGUGUUGUGUCUACGAAAGACCUCAAACGUCCUGAUUUGGCUUUAUCUGGCACAAGUGAAAGGGGAGUUUCAUGUUCCAAUAUUCAAAGUGAUCCUGUAGAAACACCUAAUGAACAUUCUGAAACUGAGGCGACAAAUAGAGAAAAAAAAGAAAACGAUAGCAGCUCUUCCUGUAUGAACGUGUUAAUCUCGGCUACAGGAACUGUCAUGGCUUCUUCUAAAAAGCAUGAAAAAGAAAAUAAGGGGAUUGAUUUUGUGGUAGAAGAUGACCGUGGAGAUGAAAAACCUGAUGAGGUUGUUCUAACAAGGGAACCAGGGAGACAAUUAAGUACUUGUCAUGAAAGGGAUCAAAUUACACAUACAAAGGAUAUAACAGAAGCUAGUACUGUAAGACAAGGCACUGAGCAAAAUACAGAAACUCUGCCACUCAUGCCACAACACUGUGAUGACAGCAAAUUCUAUGGCAAAUGUGAUGCUAUUUCUAAGCCAAAUGCAUCAACAGCAGAUAAAGUUUGUCUUUCAUUUGGAUAUGUCAACUCUGAAUCAGAGGACAGAGUGGCUGAUAUUCAGUCCUCACAAUCUGCCUGUGCAAAGCCAAAUUCCUUGGUGGAGAUAGACACCUCCAUUGCUGAUGAAUACUGUGCAAUUGAACUUUCCACUGUGAUACCACAGCACUCAAGCCCCAAACCUGCUGCCAAUGAAAUCAACCCUGUCCUAAAUCAGGUACUGAUAGAGCAUAUAGGUAGCUUUACUAAAGAUGAUACAGUUAGAACAAAUAAAACAUAUCAAGAACAUACUGAAGAAGAAAAUCAAGUGAUUAAGUUGGAGCCACUUGAAGAACCAGAGUGUGCAAAUGAUGCAAGUCUAUUCAAAGAACAAACCAUUACAGAUAAACAUAAUGUCUCUGAAAAUAAAAUAAAGCAUGAGCAAUCAAUCAAUAAUGUACAUCCACUGGAGGACGGAAUGUCUGGAAACCUUAAAGAUAAGAUAAACAAAGACAAGAAAACAAAUGCUUCAAAUGAACUACAAGAAAGCAAUCAAAAUUUGGAGAAAGAAGUACAAACCAAUAUUCAACAGAAACUGAUAAAUGUGGAUCACUGGGAGACACCAGAAGGACAAGAAAGUAAAAAGGACAAGAAAGAAGAAAAACACUUCGAUGAAACAGUACCAGGAACAUCUUUGAAGGCUUGUCUUUCUGAUUCUGGCUUAAUCCUCACAGGGUUUGUUGAGGAAGUACAGAGCCGUGGUAGGGAUUUGAUUGAAACCACUCAUCCACCCAUGGAUCAGGGCCUUGUGCAGGUGGCAUGCUGUGAAAGAAACCAGACACAAGAUCAGAAAGUGUUGAGUGAAUUGGAUUUGGCACCUGGUUUAAAUAUUAAGUCCCAGCCAACAGAGCUACACCAACCACAGCAAUGCAAUGAAGCUACAAAAACAGUGGAAAUUAGAAGUUUAGAGAGGUAUGAUGAUGAUGUUUCUCUAAAAGAACCCAAGGUUAGCUGUCCAAGUUAUGAACUGCAGGCCACUGGGAUUUUGUUAAGUCAAGUUGAAUCUGAGAACUCCUGUAGUAGUUGUGGGAAGUUGGAAAAUGUUACGUUGUUGAUGGAUUAUGAGAAUGCCAGUACUAAGGGUGAUGAGUGUCUUGAUGGUAAGCAAAAUCAAAGUGAACCCAGUAUCAAACCAACAGAGUUUGGAGAUGUCUCUUCUAUAAUUAAAGGCAUGAAUGAAAAUAGUACAGAAGAUAGAAACGAAGCAAACCAGAUUAAGUUGGACAAGCAAGAAAAUAAAUUGCUAAGCAUUUCAGCAACAGCUCUUGAAAAUACAGACCUCAAUAGUGAGCUGAAAGAAUUGCCAGUGUCUGUCAUUCAAGCAUCAGAAGAAGGUGAGUACAAACCUCACUUGGGCCAGACAAAUGAAUCACAGGUCAGUGUGGAUAAAAAUGGAUGUCUGGAGGAAGUUGUGCCUGACCUCUGUAAAGCUGUAAAACUUGCCAAUGAUAUAUCCAAGGUAUGUGAGAAUUCUAGCACCUCACACCAUGAACACAAAACAGAGGAUCAGUGUUUCAGUGCCAUCACCUUUGGCAAGAACAAGUGUACUGAGGUGUGCACUAGUGUUCAGGCUGAGGCUAUACUGCCAACUAUUUACAAAACUUCUGUUGAGAAAGUGGAGAGUGAGAGUGUUGCUGAUGUCUCUCAAGACAUGGACAAAGAAGAGCUGACAAAUAAAGCUCAGAUUCACAAUGUAGAACUCCCUUGUACACCCCUUCAGGCUCAGACUUUGGCUUUGGAGCUGGAGCAACAUAAUGAGGCACCCCAAACGUUGGAUCCCAAACAUUCACAAAACAAAGAGUGGCAGGAUUCAUUUAAUCCUGAAGCACAGCAUACUGAGCCACAGGGCCUCUCAACAAGUGCAGGAACUGAAGGUGAGGCCAGAAAUAAGAAGACACAAACAACUAUUUUAGGAGAGGUCAAGCAGAUGGAGCACAGGAAGGAAGAGAUAAGUGAAUGCAAAGAAAAGAGAAGAGAGAAUGAGACAGUAGAGGGCAUGAAACUCGCAGAGAAGUCUGAAAGGCCUGAGACUAGAGCCGUAGAGUGUGAUCUUAAAGACAUAAAGGAAGGCGAUGAGAGACAAUUGUCUGAACACAGUGAGGGAUUGCAGACUGAACAAGGAAAAGAGUUAUCAAGUCCCAAACUCAGUGUUGUUGUCAUGAUGUCAAGCUCACAGGACCCUUCCCAGACAUUACUCAAUGCUAAUGCAGACUUUAGUCAUGAGGCUGCCAAUUCCUUUAUUCCAACUAUGCAUGAAAAUGCUUCAGACGUAUUGAAAACAGAGCACGGCUCAAAAGAUGGAGAAGUGGACUUCACUUUAUUCAGCAAAGUAGUUCAGGAGGAAAAGGCUGAUAGCAAUGAAUGCACCGAACAAGUAUCAACAGAUGAAGACAGGUCAGUUAAUCUGAAGACUAGUGUACUGUCAGAGGAAGAUGUUUCAGCUGUUAGUCCUGUACUGAAUCAAAACACACUCAAGCACACAGAAGAAUCAUGUGAGAGUUCAGACUGGCUCAGAGCACUGAAAGAGAUGGCCUCUAUAUCGCAGACUCAACAGAAAUCUAAGCUUGAAACGCCUUGUGGAUCUGCAGAUAACAGACCUUUUGAGACUCUUGACAAACCUCAGGCUGAACUAGAGUCUCGUUCCCCUACUAAAGACAGUGACUCUGUAGUAAAGCAGCAGCCAGAGGAACCACCAGACAGCAGGCCAUUGCUUUCAGAAUCAGCUGAUGGGAGUGAGUCUGUCCUUUCCUUCCCCCCACCCCCAGAGGAGGACACGUUGCCGCCUGUUCUCCCUGCUCACCUGUUCUGUGACAGCACUGAAUUCCCCACGCCACCACCCACACCCCCAGAGAGUGUUCCUCUAGAGCCUGAACUUGAGUCUGCACCUCCUGCUUCUUCCUUUAACCCAGAUCAGGUCCCGAGCGCUGCAGCUGUCCUCCUACCUCAGCUCCAGCACGACCAGCAGCCAGGACCUCCAGCCAGGAGCUCAGACUCUGAUGGCACGUUUGGGACCCCUGAAUCUACCACACCUGUGAAGACCGCUGCCCCUCCAAUUCCCUCAGUUGAGCAGCCAGAGCCUAUCACACAGCCUCUGACCUCCACAGACACAGACUCCUGUCCUUUGCCUGCUUCUACAGUAGAUGAUUGUGCUAGUGAGGUGCAAGAUCCUUCUUUCCAUCCUCCCAGCCGCUCUGUUUCUAUUGUCUUUGAUGAAGACAAGCCCAUAGCAAGCAGUGGCACCUACAACCUCGAUCACAUCCUUAGCUCUGAACCAAUCUCAGCACCAGCAUUUGAUUUGGGCUCAGCAGGGCUAGAGAGUCGUACACCCCUAACACGCUCACUCAGCUUCCAGUCUGGGGAGUUAGACAGCUCUAGCCCUGGAGACAAGCCAGCAGGGGAAGCCUCUAACAAAUCCAUUCAUCCUCGUUCAGAGUCUUUCAGUGUAGGUACAGGGAGCGCCCCAGGGACUCUACGACGGGUCAAAAAACCUCGCCCAGGCUCUUUGAAGAAAAAGCCUCUUUCCAGGCAGAACUCGAACCCUGAGAGUGCCACUUCCAGAAGUGUCUCAUCCAGCAGUACUCCAGAGGUGAAGAAGAAAGGGCAGCCUCUUACUGAAAGUCCUCUACAAACGGAAGAGGAGAAAGAGUAUCCCCCAGCUUCUCCCAGCCCCAGCCCCAGCCCUGCUGGCACCCUCAGGCGGACCAGAAUCAAGUCUCGAGUAGAGAGUCCUCCACCUGUACUGGAGGAGAGCAGCCCUGCUCAAGCGCCAGUGGCUGCAAAAGCACAGGAAGAGAUUUUACCAGUUCCUGAGGAGGACUCCCCCAUCCCUCCCAGUGCCACUUACAAAUGGGACCCAGAUAACUUUGAAAACAUUGACCCUUUUUGUACAGGUGGCAGUAAGCUUGCCAACUCUCCUGUCUUGGGUAGGAAAUCUGACUUUAUUCCUGCCCCUGAUCCCACCCCUAUUCCCACAGAGGAGCCUCCUGCUGCUCCUGCAUCUCCGUCAGAGAAAGCCUUCAACAUUGAGGAGCAGCCAAUCACCAAGCGGCAGUCUGUCAGACUGGAGUUUGAUUACUCAGAGGAGAGUGGAGAUACACCACAGGACAGUCCUCUGCCUCCCAGAAAACUGGGCAAGAAACAAGGGGCCAAGAUGCCUCUCAGAAAACCAAAGCUAGGGAUUAAGAAGGCCCCCCAACAAACUGAGCAGUUACACAGCACACCUGCCGCAGUCCAUUUAAAUGACAAUGAUGACAUUCCCAUUCCCAAAGCAUCCUACAACUUUGAUCCUAGCAAUUGGGAUGAUCAUAAUUUUAACCCUUUCUCUUCAGGGAAAGCCAUCCCUAACUCCCCUCCCCAGUCUAGGACAAGCUACAACUUCGAUCCAGACUCGUUUGAUGACUCCAUUGACCCCUUCAAGACAUCCAUCAAGAUUGGAAAUUCACCUCCAAAGGCAGCAUCGUUAGAAGUGUCCAGCAAUGAAAAUGAAAAUGACAAUGUUGAUGAGUUGGAAGAUCAAAACCAGAAUAAACCAGCCAAGAACAAGAAAAAAACCCUCAAAUCGAACACAUUUAGAGUGAAGAAGUCACCAAAGAGGUCACCUCUGUCUGAACAGGUUGUACAGGACUCCUCUGGUGAUGUCAUGCCUGAUCACCUGCAGGACCAUGCCACAGAUGAAGAGAAACUGGCCUCCUCGACCAAUCAGAAAUGGGCAGCUCGUCAUGACGUGAAAGUGGAGUUGACAUCUGAUGUCCAGGACUUUCCUCAGCCCUCUGACCUUACUGCCUUCGUUAAUGAGAGUAGCUUACCUGCACAGAGCCAUGACUAUGAGAUUGAAUACAUGGAGAAGAUUGGAACAUCUACCCCACCUUUGUCAGUGAAAAAGCCGUCCCUCUACCUAAAUUUGGAUUCUGUCACAGACAGUACAAACCAGGGAUCCAGUAUACACCACUCAGGAGCCAACUCCCCCUGUACUGGGAGUUUUGAGGAAAUGGAGGCUAAGAUCUCAAUGGAGGGCAAAUCACCUGCGCUGCCGUCUUGUGGUGCCCCAGAGCCCCUAACACUGGAGAAGAGCAAAAAGAGGGAAGUCCAUUCCCAGAGCCGGGCACAAAGCAGUGAGAGAGAUAGAAUGUCCCCCUCUCAAGGCCCCGGGGACCCCGCAGAUCUGUCCCUCUUAGACAGGCUGAGUGAGUCAGCCACCCCUCUCAGCUACCUGGAGCCUGACCUGGCAGAGACCAACCCCACUGCCUUCGCCCACAAACUGCAGGAGAGAGAGCUGGCCUCCCCUGGAGACAGUGGUGUGUCCAAAAGCUCCCUAUACUCCCGGACAGGGUACAGUGAAGCUGAAAGCCCUUAUCUCCCCCAAGACCUGGACCAUUCACUGGGCAUAGCGAGAGAAGAGAUUGUUGCCAAGGAAAAAGAAGUGCUGGAAUGGCAGAGGAAGUACGAAGACAGUCGACAAGAGCUGGAAGAGAUGAAGAGAAUAGUUACAGAGUAUGAGAAGACCAUUGCACAAAUGAUUGAGGAUGAGCAGAGAGAGAAGUCUCUGUCCCAUCACACCAUCCAGCAGCUCAUUCUGGAAAAGGACCAGGCUCUGGCUGAUCUCAACUCAGUGGAGAAGUCUCUGGCUGAUCUGUUCCGCCGCUAUGAGAAAAUGAAAGAUGUUCUCGAAGGGUUUCGUAAGAAUGAGGAGGUGCUAAAGAAAUGUGCACAAGAGUAUCUGUCUCGAGUGCGCAAGGAGGAGCAACGCUACCAGGCCCUGAAAAUUCACGCCGAGGAGAAACUGGAUAAGGCGAAUGCAGAAAUUGCUCAAGUGCGUGCCAAAGCUAAGCAGGAGCAGGCAGCAUACCAGGCCAGUCUGAGGAAAGAACAGAUGAAGGUGGAUUCACUGGAGCGCACACUGGAUCAGAAGAACAAAGAGAUUGAAGAAUUGACCAAGAUCUGUGAUGAGCUAAUUGCUAAAAUGGGGAAGAGCUAGCUGACUAUCACAUGAUCCAUGUCCAUAUAAGACAAUAUAUGAACUGAAAGAGAGUUGUAAAAACCAUUGUGCUGAUUUUGUCCUAUUGACUGCUGGAGAGAACCACGGACUGUCCCCAAACUCUUAAACACUACUGAUGUUCUUCACAAAACGGGGCUCCUGUUGACUAGGAGGACACACUGGUCACUUGAUCACACCACUGUAACUACUAACCAAGCAUUUUGAUGUUUUAAUGUACACCAAUUUACAUGUAAUAGGGGUCUUGUGGAUAUUUUUGAGAUGUAUUCUCCAUGAGUACAGAAAUUUUAUGAGAGUGUGUGUAUGUCUGAGAGAGAGAGACAGAGAGAGAGAGGAUGAGUUUAAUUAUGAUGCCAUGACAGCCAAUGAUGGAGCUGACUGUUAAGUUAAUUUCUGUGGUAACCUCUUUGAACUUGAAAUGACAAGUGAGAAGAAAGACAUGUCUAUAUAUAUGAUUAUGAAAUGAUUAUAAAUAUGCAUGUAUUCAUUUCUUUUUUUUGUGAAUAUGAGCUAAAUAUAGUAUAGGAACACAAAUGCAGGUUUUGAUACUGUUUAUUCUGCUUCCUCAUGUAUCUUUGUAGAUACUCCCUAGUUUUGUUGCCUCUUAGCAAAACUGAUGUGCAAUUGUAUUUUUUUUUUUUUUUGGAUUUUAUUUGAAUCUGUUAAUAAGCAUAAUGUCCUUUGUCUCUGGUACUAAAAUAGCUAAAUUAAUUUGAAUAGGAUUGUCUCAGUCCUGCUCUGGUUGAUGUGACACAGUAGAUGUUUCCCUAAGAAGGAGCUCUACUCGACUACACAGCACCUGCUUAUAAAGUGCAAUAAAAGAUGGCAAUAAA